CCCAAUUCCCCCGAUACUCUGCCCAGAUCCCGAUGUCCGUGUAUGCCGGCAUGGGCUGACCUAAGACUUCUAGAACGAGCACAUGCAACGAGCAGCAACCUCAACUUGACCUUCACCGUCUCCCUCUCCCUCAUCUACACAACCGACUGAGAGCACGCAGACAUGUUCAAGCAGUCGGCAUACGCAUUCAGACACGCAUUCAAGCGGCAAGCAACCCUUGCGCGCCCUCAGCGUGCAGCACAGCGUUUCAAUGCCACUCAAGCAGGCAAUAGCAGCAGCAGCAGCAGUAGCAAGAUGCCUUUGAUUAUUGGUUUGCUAGCAGCUGGUGGAGCAGGUGGCUACUACCUCUACUCUCAAACCAACUCUGCCGGUGAACAACUCGAUCUCAAGGAUUCCAUUAAAGCAGCCACAAGCCCGCAUGACUACCAAACUGUCUACAACGACAUUGUGGAUGUGUUGGAUGCAGAUGAGUAUGACGAUGGUUCAUACGGUCCUGUCCUUGUUCGUCUUGCUUGGCAUGCAUCAGGUACGUAUGACAAGGACACCAACACCGGUGGCAGUAACGGUGCAACGAUGCGUUGGGCACCUGAAUCAGAUCAUGGCGCCAAUGCAGGUCUUCACACUGCCCGUACAGUCCUUGAAAAAGUACACGCCAAGCACCCUUGGAUUUCCUUCUCUGACUUAUGGACGCUUGCAGGUGUUGCUGCCAUUCAAGAAAUGUCAUUGGGUCAGUGUAAAGUCCCUUGGCGACCCGGACGGCAGGAUCGCGAUGUGGCCUUUUGUACACCGGAUGGACGUUUGCCAGAUGCUAGCCUGGAUCAGGGACAUCUCCGCAAUAUCUUUUAUCGCAUGGGUUUCAACGAUGAGGAGAUUGUCGCUUUGAGUGGUGCACAUGCUUUGGGACGUUGCCACGAUGAUCGUUCUGGGUUCAAGGGACCUUGGACGUUUUCGCCCACUGCAUUGACAAAUGACUACUACAAGCUGUUGAUGGAGGAGAAGUGGUCGUACAAGAAGUGGAAUGGUCCUAAGCAAUUUGAAGAUGUCACAACCAAAUCCCUCAUGAUGCUUCCUACAGAUAUGGCACUCAUCAAGGAUAAAAAGUUCAAGCAGGUUGUGGAGAAGUACGCCAAGGACCAAGACUUGUUCUACAAUGACUUUAGCAAGGUCUUUUGCAAGCUUCUCGAAUUGGGUGUGCCUUUUGCAGAGGACCAGAAGCCAAUGGUGCUCAAGCCCGUUGCUUCAGAGUAGAUAGGUCUACAAGCAUCUCUUUCAUUGUUGGCAUAGAUAUAGAAUGUGGCUUUAUAGAUCAAACAUGACGGCUUCCCUACCU